AUGCUUGUUCUCCCAGCCGUUGUUGCUGCUUUAUCUAUUAUCUUUGCUGUACUCACAGUUGGAAUUAACUUCAAUCUUAUCCAUAGCAUAUUUAUUCGAAAAUCUCUGAAUAAAUCAAAAAGUUUGACACUUUUUUACCUCAGAUUUGUCAUUGAUGGUUUUUUAGGAUUACAAAACGCAAUUAUGUCCACUUUCAUUCUACUGAAAUUCUUGGAAGUCGAGUACGAUGAACCUGUCGAAUUUUUGUUUUGGAUUUCUUGGACUUCUAUGAAUUGUUUCAAUGUACGAGGGAUUCUGGUCAUUGUAAUUUCCCUUGAUAGGACGUUAGCAGUUUUCAUGCCAAUUAGCUACCAUAAUUUUCGGAGACGAAUUCGAAACUUUUAUCUGGCAAUUAUUCCAUUAAGUUGGCCGAUUGUCAAUAAUAUUGUUUUAUGGGGUGUUUGUCAGUUUCGAGUCAAUAUUCCCCCAGGAUGUGUGAUUUUCACAUGUCAAAUGAACCAAUGUUAUAUAAGUUAUGCAUUGAGUUUUGAAGUGGUAUCCCACGCAAUCAUUGCCUUAACAUCUCUCAUACUUGCCGUUAAGCUAUUCAUUUGGAAUCAUUGCACACAAAAAGGGCCAAAAAGUCGAGAUCUGGAAAGAGCCAAUUAUCUCGCACUAAUCGACACUCUAAUCAUCAUUAUUUUUGACAUUGUACCUGCUGGUUUUACUGUCAAGUUUCCAGCUCUUUCCGCACAAUUUGGUUCAUUAAUUUUGGUCUGUAAAAUGAGUGGGUACGCACUGGAAAGUUGGCUAGUACGCCGCGCACUCAAACGGACUAAUGAUAUCGUAUCAGUGUCGUAUGCGAACAACUCGUCAAUGAUAAAAUCAACUGGUCAAGCUUCAUCUAAUCAUCGUCAUCACCGUCACAUUAAUAAUCAUGCUUGGCAGUAG